AUGAAACACGCUUCAUUGUGGAUGUUUAACUCUUACAUUUCUUUCUCUUAUUCAAUAACUUUUCUAAGGCUGAGUGGCUGUAACCUCUCAGAGAGAAGCUGUGGAGCUCUGAUCAGAGUUAUUCAAUCAUCUAAUCUCAGGGAGCUGGAUCUGGGUAACAAUAACCUGCAGGAUUCAGGAGAAUUUCUACUGUCAGCUGCAUUGAAGAGUCCACGCUGUAAACUGGAGUCUCUUAGAUUUGAUCCUGGUGGAGUCCAAUGGCUGAGGCAAGGUCUGAUAAAGUAUUCCUGUCCACUCACUAUUGAUUCAGACACAGUACACAGUAGGAUCAAGCUGUCUGGCAACAACAAUGAGGCCAUGUAUGUUAUGGAGGAUCAGUCAUAUCCUGAUCAUCCAGACAGAUUUGACCAAUAUCCUCAACUGCUGUGUAGAAAUGGUCUGACUGGUCGCUGUUACUGGGAGGUCGAGUGGAAAGGAAGGGUUCAUAUAUCACUGAGUUACAGAAGAAUCAGAAGGAAAGGACGCAGUGAUGACUGUGUAUUUGGAGGAAAUGAACAGUCCUGGAGUCUUUUCUACUAUGAUGGUGGUUACUCAGUCUGUCACAGAAACAAAGAAACAUCCAUCACCACCACCAUCCUCUCCUCCUCCACUGUCUCUAACAGAGUAGCAGUGUAUGUGGACUGUCCUGCUGGCACUCUGUCCUUCAACAGAGUCUCCUCUGACACUCUGAUCCACCUCCACACCUUUAACACCACAUUCACUGAAACUCUUUAUCCUGGUUUUGGACUCUGGUCUCCUGGUUCCUCAGUGUCUCUAUGUUCUCUAUAGGCGUAAGAAGGUCUCCUUGGUCAGAGAAAUCAUCAUUUUUAUUCGUUCCUGUCUUCAAAACAUGUUGGGAACAUAUACUGUCUUUUCACAGUGGUUAGAGUGUACAGGGUAGCUAUUCAGAGAAGACAGAACAUGGAGGCCUAACCUGGAAACUUACAGGACCUAAAGGAUCUUUUGCUGACAUCAGCAUACUUUGGGUGUCUAAAGGACUCCUUUCUUCCAUGGGUCAGGGCUGUGUUUGCAGCAAAAGCUCUAUCGCAAAAAUUGAGUCACAUACAGGUGGGACAUUGAAUGGAAUUUGACUCUGACCUUUUCAAUUCAGACGGAAGUGAUGACUUAAAGAUCACUGCAAAAAUUGCAGAAUUAACUAAUGUCCACCCUACAGUUACUCAUUUUAUAUUAAGAUUUAAAAAUCUAGUUGGUAUUGGUAUGGCGAGUAACCUUCAGUAAUAAAAAUAAAUCACACAACAAAGUCGUAAAAAGAAUGACAAUAUAUUAAGUAAUUAAACGUAUUGAAAAUAUGUUACCCUGUGACAAAGUGGAGGAGCAGUUGCAAUGCUCUCCAUUUGUCCCAUAUGUGUUUACCUUUUUUUGCACAUUGUACACAUUAUUCUGUUUCUAUGUAUUUGCUAUGAUUUGCUAUUUGUCAUGUAACAUUGCUUCACUCACUAUCCCGGGUUUGUUUGUGUAAGCGUUUUGUUGCCGGCAAAUCAAACAUUCUGCAAAUUAAGACAAAUACUAAGUUAUGUUUCUUUAUACUUUAUUAUGUUACAGAUUAAGUCAUUUGUUCAUACUUACUUUGUUUGUCUUUUCAGUUGUCAUAAGGGUCAGGUGUGGUUAAACGCCCGCCUGUCAUUUCCUCAUUUUAAAGUCCUGAUGAUGUCACACAUGACAUCAGGUUUAAAGGGAUUUGUUGAAUGUUUUUCCUUUCGUUAAUACUGCCAUUUAGUUGUGUAAAUGUGCAUGUUAGAAGUGUG